GUGGUUAGCUUAAAAUGAUACCAUGACACCGCAUACCAACUUCAUUUCAGUUUCUGCAUAUUUAAGUUCCAUUACUGCCACAGAUAGACAUUUGGUGUUGGGCAGACCACUGAAGCCAUGUCCAGCUCCAGUCCGGUUUGGGGGACACAGAUUUUGAACAGAAAGAUAAAGAAAGCCAGGCUUUGUUUUGAGGAUCUGUCCCAGUGGUCACAUUCACUAGAAAAACUUCUAGCAUCCAAAUAUGGGCUAAAGAUCUUCCAAGCCUUCCUAAAGUCUGAGUACAGCGACGAAAAUAUUGAGUUUUGGUUGGUGUGUGAGGACUAUAAAAAAAUAAAAUCAUCUUACAGGAUGUCAUCCCGAGCAAGAAAGAUCUUCAAGCGCUACAUUCAAGUUGAAGCUCCAAAAGAGAUCAACAUUGACCAGAAAACACGAGAGACAAUAUGCAAAAAUAUUGCAGAGCCCCUAACCACCUGUUUUGACGAAGCACAGAAAAUAGUAUUUGGUUUAAUGGAAAAGGACUCAUACCCACGCUUCCUCAGGUCAAGCCUUUACAGAGCUCUCAUUGAACCUGCAUAACUGUCAGUGAAGUGAAAUGAGGACAAUAAUGUAAAUACUGCACAAAGGGAAAAUCUAUGGAACUUUUUAGCAUAAAAAAGUCACCUGUGUAAAUAUCUAAACUGACUUGGAGUUUUGGCCAAAAUGUGAAGCAACAUUUGCACAAUAUUUGCAUUUUCAUAUUGUGAUUAGGCAGGUGUUUGUUUACAGAGGAAAUGUGAACAUGGUUAUGUUGUGUUCUUGCUAAGCUAAAUGCAUUAAACAGUUAGGAUUGAAAUGAAAACAUUACUUUCAGAGAGGGUAUUACACAAACAAUCAAGAAGUUGGUGAAUGUUUUAUUGGUCGUUUUCCGAUUUUAGAAAGAAAGAUGAUAUCAUACUCUUAGAUGGGGCGAGAGCCAGCUGACCCUAUUGAUUAGCCUAUAUGAUAAUUUAAUUACAAAUGUCCAAAAUGUAAAUUCAGUUUUGCAGAAGAAUUUAUUGCACAGCUUUCUUUUUUAAGGCAACUGUUACUUUGUUCAAAAUAUGUUAAAGAGCAAGCAUAUUGUUGUUGGUUAGUGGUCAUGUUAUUUUGUCAUGACUAGUGAAUCACCCAUGCUUUAGCAGCGUACACAUAAAACAUUGAUACGUUUUUUCUGAGCAGAGAGACCACAGAGCUUAUAGAGCCAAACAUGUGUGCAUCACCUGUUACACUGAUAAAAACUGAGACUGAUACACUGAAGAAGGUCUAGAGCUGGAGUUUAAAACUGUGACCAGUCAUCACAGUCUGACCCCAAACUCACUCAAGUCCAAAUGCUCAAAGUAAUGGAUUUAACCACCCCUGAGGAACCAUACAAAACAUAAUAGCUCUCUAGAUCAAUAACCUACAGCAAGGGACCAUCAAAUGAAGUCUUAACUCUUUAACCCUAUGUCCAGUCAAUAAUCAUAUCAUUUUUGCAUUGUCUUCCUAUGACCUUUUUGUAUAUAGCUGAGAUUUUAUAUUUUAUUACUUAUUUUUCUAUUUUAUUUUGACUUGUACAUAUACAUUUACAUAAUUAUGUCUUAUUUGACACCUGUCUCUCACUAUCUUUUUGCUACUUAUUUAGAAUUUAUUAAAUUUAUUAUUUACAAUUUA